AUGUCAUCUUCCCUUGAAUCAACUUUCGAUGCCCGAGACCUGGCCGGUGAACAGGGACAGUUGCUUGACCUGCUCGAGAAACUGCAAUACGCCCAACUCGACAAUGUCAAAUUGCCUCAGAUAGUGGUCGUCGGCGACCAGUCGGCUGGCAAAAGCUCUGUCCUCGAAGCUCUCACUGGAAUCCCGUUCCCCCGCGAAGCUGGCGCUUGUACGAGGUUUGCUACCGAAAUCAGAUUGCGCAGAUCCCCCGAGUCCAGCAUCACUGUCUCCAUCAUUCCCGACAGAAAUCGCCCUUCUAGCGAGCAACAACAACUGCUAGAGUUUGGUCGUCUGGUCAACAGUAGCUCCCCAUUCGAUCUUACGGUAAUGGGAGCCGCAGAACUCAUUGCUCCAAAGGGUGUUCCAGGACGGUUUGCUGCACGGGACAUUCUGGUGGUGGAGAAGAAAGGACCGGAUAUGCCACUGUUGACUCUUGUCGAUUUACCUGGUUUGGUACGGAAUCCCAACAAGGACCAGUCCCUUGAAGACAUCCGUAUCAUCGAAGCGCUUUCCGAUCGAUACAUGCGGAGUCCCCGUACCAUCAUUCUUGCCGUCGUUGGCGGGAACUCCGAUUACGUCCAGGCUCCCAUACUGACCAAGGCUCGACAUUUCGACCCUAACGGUACCCGCACCAUCGGCGUUCUCACCAAGCCUGAUCUUACCGACUCCAUUGGUCUUGAAGACAAGUUCAUCGAGCUCGUCAAGAACAAUGACCGGCGUAACCAUUUUCGUUUGGGCUGGUACGUCCUUCUGAACCCUGGCCCGCGAACAGAAGGAGAACCCUGGCCUUCUGCGGAGCAACGCCGGUCGACUGAACGGGAUUUCUUCUCCAAAGGCAAAUGGAGCUCGCUUCCGGCGUCCAUGUGCGGAGCCAGCGCUCUGAAGCAAAGGUUAAGCCUCCAGCUUCAGCAGCACAUUGGGAGACAUGUCAGCGCGUUACGCAGACAGAUUCAAAAGGCCUUGGAUGAUUGUGAUGCUGAACUCAAGUCGCUUGGCACUGCCAAAAGCACACCCGAAGAAAUGCGCUUAGAGCUCAUUGAACUGUUUUAUUUUUCCAAUGAGCUCGUUGUCCCCGCAGCCCACGGCUUCUACAAAAACCCACCCAGGAAGACUUUUUUUCGUGUAACUGCAGACCCAAAGGGAACGCCGGCACAAAACCUUCGGGCACGUGCCGCCGAGGAAAACGAUCGGUUUUCGGCCAGAAUCCGAGCUGACGGCCGCAAGUUCAAGCUCUCUGCUUCCAGUGAUCCUUCUCCUGCCGAUAAACAAUCAGCAUCGAGCUACUCCAAGUCUGAAUAUGCCCGUCUAGAGGUCAGCCGACUUCUACAUCAAAUUCGAGGAUCAGAAUUUCCCAUGGAUUCCACGCCUAGAGCGGUUUACAUGCUAUUCCAAAGCCAUUCAGAGCCUUGGCCUAGACUAGCACAAGAGCACAAGGAUAACGUUGGAGCGGUCUGCAACGAUUUUCUCCGCGAGGUCAUCAAUUAUAUCUGGCCCCAGCGCAUGCGAGAGCCUUUGCGCCGUCACUUCCUGGACUCUCAUAUGAAGGCGCUGAUGGACGAAGCAAACCGAGAACUGAAACAUCUAUUGCAAGACCUGAACCUCGAGGUUCAGCCUUACGAUCCUGAAUAUCAAGAACGUCUGGUGGCCUGGAAGAGCAAGGGUGCUGAGACCGGAGCAACUUACACAGAAGCCGAGGAGAUCUUGGAGAAGAUGCUGAUUUUCUAUGAGCUGUCUGCGAAAACAUUCAUUCGGAACGUUAUCACGCAAGUAGUUGAGCGCCAUCUUCUGCAAGGCAUGUAUGGCAUCUUUAACCCUGCUGAAGUCAUGGCGAUGACCAGUGAGGUGGUUCAAUCCAUUGCUGCCGAGAAUCAGGAGACAAGGGACCGACGACAAGCCUUGACGGCACAGCGGAAGGCCAUUGAAGAGGCGAAAGAUGCCUGUACCGGUUUGGCGAUGCGCAAGGAACUCAGAGAGCAACCAGACGAACAUGGUGAUCUCACCGAUGGCACAUCUGGCGAAGACGAACCGCAAUCGGCUACGGAUCAAUUCUCUAGGUCUUCCAGCACACCUCGACGAAGACCACUACCUGAGAGUACCCCCAAUGUAGCCGGGGAUACGCGUAGCAAUGCAGUUGUGGAGGCCACGGCCCGGGGCCCGCCCCAGUUGCCACCUCCGGUACCACCGCGACAACUGCAAAUCGCAGAAAGCGAUUAUGGACAGUUAGAUGCGUUAUACGAUGGUGGGAGGACGUCACAAACAAACCAGAAGACUGAUCAAGACAAAUAUGGAGUCAGCCCUCCCUCUCUCCCGGACCAUCCCAUGAAGAGACACACUUCUUCGUUCCGGAACAUCUUCAAGUGA